AAACCGGCACCACGGAAAUCGGGCAGAGCGACCACGGUGCGCCGACCAGUUUCAAAGGUUUACCGGACUCGGAAAGGGGACGAGGCCGCCACUUUCCUCCCCUCCCGCCGCGCUCCCGUUUCUCUCCAACCCACAGCGACGCGCCACCGCCCGGGGCAAGGGCGCCGCCGCCGCCUCCGAGCUCGAUCCCGGUAGUUGCGUCGCAUGCUCCCGGCCUCCACCUGCCCCUCCUCCCCGCGAGAUCGCGAUCUGAUCCCGCCUCAGCGCAGCAGCUAGAUCCGCCCCACCCAACCACCAGUCUCGCGGCAGUGGUCGGAGGAUGUCGGCGACGGUGGAGGAGCAGAUGGUGGUGAAGGCGAUCCGGGAGGAGUGCCCGUGGGAGUCUCUCCCCAAGCGUCUCCAGUCCACGCUCCAGACCAAGGACGAGUGGCACCGCAGGAUUGUUGAUCAUUGUAUCCGAAAACGGUUGCAAUGGAAUACCUGCUUUGCCCGUAGAGUAUUCAGAGAAGGGGAGUACUAUGAAGAAAUGAUGCGCUAUCUCCGGAGGAAUCUUGCAUUAUACCCAUACCACCUUGCAGACUAUAUAUGCCGAGUAUUGAGGAUCUCGUCAUUCAGAUAUUACUGUGACAUCCUUUUUGAAACUAUGAAGAACGAACAACCAUAUGAUAGUAUUCCAAACUUCACUGCUGCUGAUGCGCUAAGGCUUACUGGUGUUGGAAGAAAUGAGUUUAUUGAUAUUAUGAACAAAUGCAGAUCAAAGAAAUUAAUGUGGAAACUGAACAAAUCGAUUGCAAAAGAAAUGCUGCCUACACAGCCUGUUGACUUCCCAGUUGAGCCUUGGUGGGGGGUUUGUCUUGUUAACUUUACAUUGGAAGAGUUUAAGAAACUUUCAGAAGAAGAGACAACAACAAUAGACAAAAUAUGCAAAGAGGAAGCCAAUUCAUAUGUUCUUUUUGAUCCAAAGGUUAUAGAUGGCCUUUAUAAAAGAGGGCUCGUGUACUUUGAUGUGGCUGUUUACCCAGACAACCGUUUCAAAGUUUCCAGGCUUGAAAAUUUUGUUUCUAACAAGGAUCAAUCAAAUGAAGACCCAAUUGAAGAGCUACUGUAUACUGUAUUUGUUGUAUCAAGUGCUAAUGCUACUGUUGCUGAAUUGGCUGCAACUUUACAGGCUGACCUUUAUCAGCUGCAGGCAGCUGCAUCAUUUGCUUGUCGAUUGGGUUGGGCUGUAAAACUAAUGGAUGCAGACUCUGUUCUUAAUGACGAAGGAGCACCUGCGUUUCUCAGUAGUAUUCUUAGUGAUGAUGAAGAAGGUUCAAAUACAAGUAUAAACUCAGAAAAGUCUGGUCAACAAUUGGUUAGCAUGGAUUCUGAUGGACCCAGGAAAAUAUCUGGAACCGCUCAUGUGGGCUUUGUUGUUGAUGCUAAUGUUACUUCAUACUUGAUGAUGGGUUCAUUGUCCCCAGGUUUAAAAUCUCAUGCAGUUACACUCUAUGAAGCUGGAAAACUAGGUGAUUCUUGCAUUGCAGAAUUAUGUAGUGAUCUGGCUAGUUUAGAGGGAAAGAAAUUUGAGGGUGUUCUAGAGGAGUUUGCAAAUCAUGCAUUCAGUCUGCGAUGCUUCUUGGAGUGUUUACAAUCUGGUGGAGUUUCUACGAAUGAAAUUACUAAUAAUGCUGGUGAAGCAAAGACUCCAACAAGCUCUUUGCAUGACAUUGACAAUGCUACUGGUCAUUUGGCCAAGGUAAAUAUUGAGGCCGUUCAUGACGAUAAUCAUGAUGAAUUACCCCAGCACGACCAGUGUACAGGUGAUUUAGAUAAUAGUGCUGGGAAUGUAUUGUCACCAGCACUGGCUUUAUCUGAAAGUGGGGAAAGCAUGGUGAAAAAUGGUGCAGGGAAUGGUUCGACCAUGCAACUAGAUGUUUCAACUGACACUCGAGUGUUGAAGAACAAAAGGAAGUACAAAGUUGAUAUUCUUCGAUGUGAGAGCUUAGCCUCACUUGCCCCGGCAACACUGGAACGGCUGUUUCUCCGGGACUAUGACAUUAUUGUUUCAAUGGUUCCUCUUCCUUCUUCGUCGGUUCUUCCAGGCGCUUCAGGCCCAAUUCAUUUUGGCCCACCUUCUUAUUCCUCCAUGACAUCUUGGAUGAAGCUAGUAUUGUAUACAGCAGGGCAAUGUGGACCGGUGUCUGCUGUUUUCAUGAAAGGACUACGCUUUAGACUGCUGCCUGAACCAUUAGCUGGUUGUGAAAAGGCACUGAUAUGGUCUUGGGAUUGCUCUGUGGUGGGUGGACUAGGAGAGAAGUUUGAAGGGAGCUUAGUCAAGGGCAACCUGCUGUUACACUGCUUGAACUCAAUGCUUAAACAAUCUGCUGUGCUGGUGCAACCACUUAGUGUAAAUGAUCUUAACGCAUCAGGAAACCUUGUCAUUGUUGAUAUCCCUUUACCCCUAAAGAAUGAUGAUCAGUCAAUUGCAUCUGUGGUAGCGCAGACUAAUUUGCCAAAGGAACAGGUCUUAAAUUUAACCUCUGUAUUGAAAGACCUAUCCAGUAAAUUUGAGCUGACCACACUUGGCUACCUUCGGUUACUAAGACUUCACAGGAUUGAUGAAUCGGAGAAAUUUGACCCAGAAAAUGCAAGUUAUCAGUGGGUGCCUUUGAGCCUGGAGUUUGGGAUUCCCUUAUUCAAUCCGAAGUUGUGUGAGAGGAUUUGUGAAAGGGUGGUUGAAUCCCAUAUGCUUCAGAAAGAUGAUAUCACUGAACAUUGCGAUGUGAUGCAAAAUGUAAGAAGGCAGCUGAGAGAGCUUUGUAGUCAGUAUCAAGCAACUGGUCCAAUAGCGAAGUUAUUUAAUAAGCGUGGAAGCUCAAGGGACAUGCCGUGCAUCUUAAUCAACAGUAUUAGUGGCAGAUGGAAUAUGACUAAUGACCCUUCAACUCCAACCAGCGUAGGAGCCCCAAGUGAACACGUGAGGUUGAAAUUUGCUGAACGGCAGAGAUGCCGCACAGAAGUUGUGAGCUUUGAUGGAAGCACUGUCAGGUCAUAUGCACUUGCUCCUGAGCACAACGAGGCCGCCGCCAAACCUAUCUCUGAAGAACAAUCAUCCCUACAUGAUGUAAAACCAGAUCCAGAAGAUACAAACAGCAAGGAUGUAGUCUUACCUGGAGUAAAUCUUAUAUUUGAUGGGGCCGAAUUACAUCCCUUUGAUGUCGCUGCUUGCCUUCAAGCACGCCAACCUCUUUGGCUUAUUGCUGAGGCAUCAGCGGCUUCAUCGGUAGUGAUAUGAUGCGUCCAUAACUCCAUUAUAGCCAUUAUGAUUCUAAUAUCUCCAAGUUGGUGGAUAAGAAUUCAUUUGUUGCGAGGUGGGUUCUUGAAAGGGAUAUAUUAUCAGUUUGAUUCUUAGGAAAACAAAAAUAGCGGGCUGCUGCUUUAUGCACUAUGGCCAAGUGCUUUCAUACGAAUUGACCAGAUGGAGCUCGUCAACUGAGGGGGAUGCAUAUUUUGAAGCCAUAUAUUCGCAUCAUAUGUUUCUUGGCCAAAAUACUACUGUACUUUUCAGCUUUGUGUGAAAUUUCUUAGGGAACGCUCCUGUUUCAAGAUUGUCUGCAGAUGCUUGAGGCUCGUUUAGAGGCUAGAACGAAGUUGUAGAUUGUUUGUUGUGUGAGAAACAAGAUCGUCAUGUAGUACAACAGUGUUGUAUAAUGUAGUACGCCCGUUGGGUGUCGGGUUUUGUUGGGUCCAGCAUGUCAAUUUUUACAUUUAGAUGAAGAAUUGUUAGCUCCGCUUCCCUGUUUUUUCUCCAAAAAUAACUCUAGUUUAUAAAUUUUGGAUUUUGCUAA